UCCGUAGAUGCGGAAGUCGCGUUUCUCAGCCAUCCGGGCCCCGGCGUGACAUUCACCGGGUUGUCGGAAUCAGGGGUUACAUAAAGAAGCAGCAAUACGACCACCCUUUGCUCGACUAACCGUUUUUUUAAUCAAAAUGAGACUAUUAAAAGCGGGUUUGUGUUUGGCAAAAACGCCUCUCUUGGCUCGAGGAAGCGUCACUCUUAAACAGGUGCUCAUCAACAGCUGUCGGACAUGCUCCUCCGGUAUCUUUCCCAACGAGAGGAUCCGCAACAUCGGGAUCUCCGCUCACAUCGACUCGGGGAAGACCACCCUGACCGAGCGGGUCCUCUUUUACACCGGCAAAAUAGCGCACAUUCACGAGGUGAAGGGGAAGGACGGCGUCGGAGCCACCAUGGACUCCAUGGAGCUGGAGAGACAGCGAGGCAUCACCAUCCAGUCCGCCGCCACGUACACCGUGUGGAAGGAUCACAACAUUAACAUCAUCGACACACCAGGUCACGUGGACUUCACCAUCGAAGUGGAGCGAGCGCUGCGGGUGCUGGACGGCGCCGUGCUGGUCCUGUGUGCGGUGGGGGGGGUCCAGUGUCAGACCAUGACGGUGAACAGACAGAUGAAGCGCUACAACGUCCCCUUCCUCACCUUCAUCAACAAGCUGGACCGCACGGGGGCCAACCCCAGCCGAGCCCUGCAGCAGAUGAGAACCAAGCUGAACCACAACGCCGCCUUCGUGAGCAUCCCCAUCGGCCUGGAGGGGAACAUACGAGGCAUCGUUGACCUGGUAGAGGAGCGCAGCAUGUAUUUUGAAGGACCGUUCGGUCAAACUAUCCGCUAUGAUGAGAUCCCGGCGGAUUUCCGCGCCGAGGCGGCAGGUCGCCGGCAGGAGCUGGUGGAGUGUGUGGCUAACGCCGAUGAAAUGUUGGGAGAGAUGUUUUUGGAGGAAAAGGUUCCAACCAAUGACGACCUGAAGGCCGCAAUCCGCAGGGCCACAGUGCAGCGUCUCUUCACGCCGGUGCUGGUGGGCACAGCGCUGAAGAACAAGGGCGUCCAGCCUCUACUGGACGCCGUCCUGGAUUACCUGCCCACCCCCACUGAAGUCAAAAACUACGCUAUCCUCAACGACGAUGAAACAUCAAAGAUUGAAAUGGACCCAACAAGAGACUCCACAAACCCGUAUGUCGGUCUGGCCUUUAAACUGGAGGCGGGGCGGUUCGGUCAGCUGACGUACGUGCGCGUGUACCAGGGCUGCCUCAGGAAGGGCGAGUACAUCUACAACACGCGCACGGGCAAGAAGGUCCGAGUCCAGAGGCUCGUGCGUCUCCACGCCGACCAGAUGGAGGAUGUGGACGAGGUUUACGCAGGAGAUAUUUGUGCUCUGUUUGGGAUCGACUGUGCCAGCGGAGACACUUUCACAUCCAGGGCCAGCUCCAACCUCUCCAUGGAGUCGAUCCACGUCCCGGAGCCUGUGAUUUCCAUGUCAAUAAAGCCAGCCAACAAGACUGACCUGGAUAAAUUCUCCAAAGGUAUCAACCGUUUCACCAGAGAAGACCCAACUUUCAGAGUGCAUUUUGACACCGAGAGCAAAGAAACCAUCAUCUCAGGAAUGGGAGAGCUGCAUCUCGAAAUCUACUCACAGAGGAUGGAGAGAGAAUACAACUGUCCCUGCGUGAUGGGAAAGCCCAAAGUAGCUUUCAGAGAGACGAUCACCAGCUCUGUUCAGUUUGACUUCACUCACAAGAAACAGAGCGGCGGCUCGGGGCAGUACGGUAAAGUCAUCGGGGUCCUAGAGCCUCUUGAGCCAGAGCAUCACACAAAGCUGGAGUUUGAAGACCAGACUGUUGGAACCAACGUGCCGAAGCAGUUUGUGCCGGCUGUUGAAAAGGGCUUCAGGGAGGCCUGCGAGAAGGGUCCCCUGAGCGGGCACAAGAUCUCAGGGGUCCGGUUCAUCCUGGAAGACGGAGCGAAUCACAUGGUGGACUCCAACGAGAUCUCCUUCAUCCGUGCAGGAGAGGGCGCUCUAAAACAAGCUAUGGAAAAGGCACACACGGCCAUCCUGGAGCCAAUCAUGUCCGUGGAAAUCGUGGCACCGCAGGAGUUUCAGGGGACGGUGAUUGCCGGUGUGAACCGGCGCCACGGAGUCAUCACAGGACAGGACGGGGCCGAGGACUUCUUCACGCUGUACGCUGAUAUUCCACUGAACGACAUGUUUGGUUACUCCACAGAACUACGCUCUGGUACUGAAGGAAAAGGGGAGUACACCAUGGAGUUCAGCAGGUACCAGGCCUGUCUGCCAGCCUCACAGGAGGAACUCAUGCACAAAUACUUGGAGGCGAUAGGGCAGCUGCCUGCAAAGAAGAACAAGUGGAAGGCCUGAGAACUGUUAGAUCUCCCCAAUGUGUACUACUGGACUUUGCCCACGCCCCUCAUCCUCCCACACCCACAUCAUCAUCAGUGACGCAACUAUAGGGCUUUUAUUUGUGGAGCCACCAAGAACCCGUUUUGUAGUUUGAGCAGUUUCUCACCCUUUGGUCUGACCCCUGUAGAAAAAAUAUUUAUUACUUUGAUUUUAGCAGCAUUUGAUCUUGUUAAUGAGGAAAGCUCUGCCUUUUGACUGGAGCGUAUGGUGGCUUUUAUACUUUGUACAGAAUGGUCAUGAUGUAAUAAUGACUGCAACCAAGAGAGAUAUAUACAACCAUCUUUUAAGGGGCAGUUCUGUGCACAUCAUUUAUGUCUCAACAACAAAAUUCGAUCAUUCUCGUUCAGCAGCAUUCUGUGCAGCAAUUUGUGGAUAUUCACAUUAACGAUACAGUUUAAGACUGAACUCCAGAAAGAAAAAAUAAGUUUCUCACCCAUCCAAAGAUCUCCGUUUCCUCCACUACGCUGUUGGGAUGAGCCGUCGCGUCCACGGCUGCAGGCGAGGUCGCCACACUGGGGCUGCCAGUUACCCCAGUUAACACAGCCAGAACAAUGAUGAUGCUCGGACUCAUUGCAGGAGGCUGUAAAACAACGAUGCUGGAGAAAACCACUGGUGUGAACGAGCGCAGGAAGGGAAAUGCGCCUCCUGUCAGUGUGGCGUUUAUAUAACAGAAGAGGUGGGAGCAGAAAGUAGAGACUGUCCAGAUCAUUCUGUCUAACUUAUUGGCACAAUCUGUAUAUUUCUUCCCCUCUUAUCUAAACAAAUUGCUCCUCUG